GAGCUGGCGCGCGGGGCGGAGCUUGGCGGAGACGGGGAAGGGGUCGCCGCGACGUGCGCGGCUCCCGCUCUUCGAGUUGGCGGCUCCCUCGGGGGCUGCUAGGCGGGCGUCGAGUCCGCAGGGCGCGCGGCCGCGGCCGCUGGUUGAGACGCUCAGCCGCGGCCGGAGGCGACAUGAGUGCCGCGGGACUGUUGGCUCCGGCCCCGGCCCCGGCUGGAGCACCGCCGGCACCGGAGUACUACCCCGAGGAGGACGAAGAGCUGGAGAGCGCCGAGGACGACGAGCGCAGCUGCCGGGGCCGCGAGUCCGAUGAAGACACCGAAGAUGCUAGUGAAACUGACCUGGCAAAGCAUGAUGAAGAGGACUAUGUAGAAAUGAAGGAACAGAUGUAUCAGGAUAAACUGGCUUCUCUCAAGAGACAGUUGCAACAACUGCAGGAAGGUACAUUACAGGAAUAUCAGAAGAGGAUGAAAAAACUGGAUCAGCAGUACAAAGAGAGGAUCCGAAAUGCAGAACUCUUCCUCCAGCUGGAAACUGAACAGGUGGAGAGAAACUACAUUAAAGAAAAGAAGGCAGCGGUGAAAGAAUUUGAAGACAAGAAGGUGGAGCUGAAAGAGAACCUGAUUGCUGAGCUGGAGGAGAAGAAGAAAAUGAUCGAAAAUGAAAAGCUGACGAUGGAGCUGACGGGAGAUUCUAUGGAAGUGAAACCCAUCAUGACCAGAAAGUUGCGGAGGCGACCAAAUGAUCCUGUCCCCAUCCCAGACAAGAGGAGAAAACCCGCUCCUGCCCAGCUGAACUAUUUGUUAACAGACGAACAGAUCAUGGAGGAUCUGAGAACGUUAAAUAAGCUUAAGUCACCCAAGAGACCAGCAUCCCCAUCCUCACCUGAACACUUGCCUGCCGCACCGGCGGAGUCUCCAGCCCAGAGGUUUGAAGCUCGGAUAGAAGACGGGAAACUGUACUAUGAUAAAAGAUGGUACCACAAGAGCCAGGCCAUCUACCUGGAGUCGAAGGACAACCAGAAGCUGAGCUGUGUGAUCAGCUCUGUCGGAGCCAAUGAGAUCUGGGUGAGGAAGACAAGUGACAGCACCAAGAUGAGGAUCUACUUGGGCCAGCUUCAGCGCGGGCUCUUUGUGAUCCGCCGGAGUAUCUCCAAAUUGACCCCUUGGAAAGCCCCAAAGGUUCUGAGUCAUGACAGCUUCCAAGUGUCAGGAAUACAGAAACCCUGGUGACUUCAGGCUGAUGGAGAUGUUGAGCACACCACCCAGGUUUUAUGAUUCUAUCAUGAGUUAAAACAAUGUGUCUCAUUAACCUCAAAAGGUCAGUGUAAUGAUUAAGAGCAUCAUAAAAGCUCAGGUGUGUCUGUUGGCUCUACCACAUACUGACCAGAUGACCUUGGGCAGAUGUUUUCCCCUCUUUGAGCCUCAGUUUCUUCAUCUGUAAAAUGGAGACAAUAUUCAGGCUUCUACCUUGUAAGGCUGCCAUAAGAAUUGACAGGUGUGAUUUAUGCAUAGUGCUUGGCACAGUAUCUGGCUGGACGUACUCACUGAACAAUAUCUCUGUAGACCUUAUAUCUGAACUGGAGGUUAGAAAACCUGGUUACCCACACCUGUGCUGCCUGCAUCCUUAAAGUCCUUUUCCAUGUACCCAGAAAUGGUUCAGGGAGUGACUGGUGCCCAAACCACCAUCGUAGCAUUGAGAGGGAUAAAGAGAAGAAAUGCAAGAUGUGCUCCCUAGGCUCAGAGAAGUUCUGACGUGGCUGGAAAGGCAAUAUAUAAAAACACGAAAUGGUUAAGGAACCAUAAGCAGCAUAUCAGGAUGAGGGGGUAGCCCCGAGUGCAGUAAGGGCUGAGUGUGUCCUGUGUGUCCUGUCCUGGUGUAGUGGGAAUAGCAGUGGACUUGGAGUCAGACAGCCCUCCCUGGACACUCUCCACCCCAGGCUGUUUUAGAGACCCCCCACUGCCCUGGGAUACCAGCUGUGCUCACCACUGAAAUGUAAUUGUUCAUUUGUCAGUCUCUCCUAUUAAAUUGGGAGCGAUGGAGGGCAGUCAUUCAUUUAUUAAUUAAUUGAGCAAAUAUUUACUGGGUAUCUGCUCUGUACCAAGUACUGUUCCAGGAAAUGAGAACAAGACAGCCAUUGCCUUUAUCCUUGAAAACCUCAUGGAAAGUUACAUGAGAGACAACGAUACGUAGCUAUAUACAGUGUUGGGUGGUGGUAAGCGCUGGGAAAAAAUAUAAAGCAGGAUAAGGGGUGUUGUAGAUAUAGAGGUGUGCCACCCAUGUCUUCCAUUGAGGAAGGACUUGCUGUCCAGCUGUGGGGAGGGUGGUCAGCACAUGGCCCCCACUUGUUCCUCCUCAGGGUUUGCUUGAGCUGCAGAGAGCCACCUUGCCCAAGCUUACAUCUUUCCCAGGGCACCCUGCAUCCAGUGCGUAUGUGAGGGUGGAUACCAGAGCCUGGCCAUUUCAGCCCGACUCCAGACUCGCUGGUGGGCAAUACGUGCUUGCGGAGCUUGUCUCCAGGGUGGAUGAAGCUAUGUUGAACUGAUGUCAUCGUGUAUCUUCUGUCUUUUGUCCACACUUGCUUCCCCUCUACACGCCACACUUCAUCUCUGUGUU